GACUGACAUCAAACACCCGUGACACAAAGCUGGGAACCAGAAUAUAUUUCCUUUGCUUCAUAUUUUGAAGAAGAAAAAAUGGCUUCCAUGAACGCAAAUGUGUCAAGUGUUGGGAGAUCUAGACAAGGAGGUGGAUUAUCAGAACAAUUUCGUAAAGGAACCAGUUUAUUCUCAUUUUUGACGAGGAAGAAAGAUGGGAAGAGAAAGUCUGAUCCUGUCAAGGUACAACGAGAGCGUGUGCGACAAUUCAGUGUUUGGUUUCAAGAACGUGAGAAGGCGAAGGAUCGUGAAUAUCUACAACGGCGGAGGAAACGUGAAGACAAGAGAGAGGAGGCCAAAAAACUGACAGGGCAGUUACGAUUCUUGUAUGUCCCAACAAGCUUUCUUCUCUUUACAGGGACCCUACUCCUUGUAAUGAGUAUUGUCCCAGGAAUUGGGUCUAACACCAUCUUCUGGAAGAAGCGUGAAAUAUUCCACGUUGUUGGUCCAGUCAUCUUGGGCUUUGGAAUAAUAAUGUUGAUGGUUACAGAAGCAAUACUAAGCCAUCGAAAAUCCCAUUUGGCCAGAUUACACCGCAUGGAUGACUUAAAAUGCGAAGAGCGAAGGAUGGCUAUUUCCCAGGAGCCGUGCAAACAUCAACAAAAACUUCUCGACACAUAUUUCAAGUCUGAUAGAAAAUGUGCAUGUCGUUUUGACCUGGUCAUCGGAAAAAAGAAACCGAUGGUUUCUGUGGAGACCCAGACAGAUGACAUACUAUUAGUGGAGUUCGUUCAGAAGACGCAUGGCCGAGGUUCAUUCCGGAAACCCAAACAUAAGUUGUGUAAGAUGGAGUCCGUAGACAGUGCGGCAUACAGCAUGGAGUCCUCUGCUACAUGUUUCACUGACCUGUAUGAUGCUGAUGAAGAAGAGGAUGUUCAGUCGAUCUUGGAGGAAGAAGGUUGUCCUCUCAUAUUGGAUGCUAACAGGCAACUUUCCGAUAUUGGCUUCGUACCAGUCGUCCCCAAGAUAUCACACCAAACGGUGGGGCCAGUAACCAAUGGCAUUCCUUCUAUAGUCUCACCAUUGCCUUCCAAUAAUAUUCAUGAAUUUCAACCUUAUAAGCUGCACACCCAGCCAAUUAAACAUUUUGAAAAUGUGAUUACGGAUCAAAGUCUGUCAAUACCGUGUGAACCAUUCCGUGACCGUGCUAAUUCGGAAGGUCUCAUUAAUCAAUCAUUUCAGCGUGGCAUUUCCAUAGAUAUCAGUGAUAGUGAGUCAGAAUCUGUAUUUCCUCCUCCGCAACAGCCCAAUCACGCUGAAAGGCAUCUUCAGAUUCCAAAGCCAUCGACCUUGAAUAAUUCUGUGCCAAACCUAGCCAACACCGCAGUCACUAGUCCCCUCCUGUGUGUUGACCUAGAUACAGCUACUGGAAGGUCUAGCUGGACCACCUUCGAGUAGGAGACACCGGAGCAGCUUACAUUUAUACUGAAGAUAUAUGUAAUGGCCACUUUCAGUAUUACGGACAAUGAUAUUUUUGAGUGAAAACAUCCUUUGAAUAUAAAUAUAUAUAUAUAUAUGAAGGUGAUCUUUCAUGAGAGCAGCGAUAUGUCUUCCAAGAGCAAAGACUCUGUUUUCCUGGAAAGGUGUACACCAUCGACAGUCAUCCAUAUUUGUGAACAUCUUUGCAUGGUGAUAAUGUGUGUUAUGCAUGUCUUUUUCUUGGAAGUCUUGAAAUAUUUACAUGCAUAUGGUAAUACAUGUACAGUAUUUAUCAUCUGGACGAAAAAAUAAUCAUUCCCUCACUCAGAGUUAAAACUUUGGGAUAGACAUUUAAGAAUCUUACCCCAAUUGUUGAGUCUUAAUAUAACCCCAAAGUGGAAAAAGAUUCCAUUAUAUUGCAUAGCUAGGUCUAUUGCAGUAUGUAAAGUAUGCAGAUGGAUUUUCAAAAACAUCUCUCAUUCUUGAAAUUUGUUCAACAUGCAAUUCUGAAAAGUACUGAACAUCCGGGUGGAGUGCCAAUUUACAGUGAAGGUAAAGGGUACCCCUGUGCAGAACAUUCAACUUGAAAUAUUCUCCUAUGAAUAGAAUAUGAAUCAACCUAAUGGAGCUUUAUCUGGCUUACAGUUACUUCCCUUUGCAAUAUAUUCAUCUUUCAUUUUGAUACUAUGCAUAUAACAAUUCCCAGAUAACACUGGUAAAAGAUCUGCAGAGGCAGUUCCUAACUCUGAUUCCUCUAAUUUCCAAUUUUCUAUUUUACCAGUUUACCCAACUAUUAUUCUAUAAAAUGCAUCCAAAGGUGUUUUAUAUAUAGUAUCUUUUGAAAAAUAUUU